AUGUCUGCAUAAUCCUAUUUCCCACUUCUAGAUAUUAAUACCUAGUAGUUAGAAUCAUUCUAAAAAGAUAUCUUAAUUCCUUUGCCUCAUGUAUUGUAAUAAGUUUAAAGCGAUGCUAAAUUUGAUCAAAUUUAACAAAGAUCCUUUCAAAACGACAAUCUCUUGAAAAUUUUAGAUCAUAACGAUGAAUGUUUCAGAUCUUAUAUUUUGACAGGAGAGAAUCUUCCUUUGAUAGUUUUACUUAAGCCUAGGAUUAAUGACUCAGAAAUGUCUUAGAAAAAUUUAAUUAGUCACUAAUAAAUGAUACACUUUGCAGAGAACGCAAACAUAGAAAUAUUUUUCAAGAAAAAGGAUAAAGACAGCUUUUAAACUCAGUUAUUGCAAAUUCAAUCUCCUUAUUUUAGUUCUAACAGUUAUAUUGAAUCUCCGAGAGUAUCAUAAAGAGAAAUCGAAUCUUUAUAUAUAAUGAAUAAAUCUUCUGUUGUACACUCUUAUGCUUAUGAAGAGGCAACUCAAACAUUGCUAUUAUUAAUAUUUGUUCCAAUACAUCUCCCAAGCGACUAACUUAAUGAAAAAUUAUACAUAGAAUUAGAGUUUACUUGUGAAUCACAAGUAGGUAAAUCUAAGCUACUCUAAGAUAGCUUCUCUAAGAGCGAAGAAAAAUUUAUAGAUUUUCUUUCAAAGGAAAGAGACAUUUUCUUCAAACCCCAAGUAUUUGAAACAAAAAUGCAAAAAAAUAUAAUAUUAGUGAAUCCUUUUUUUAUUUCUUAAUAUGAUUAUCAACUUGCAGAACUCAACUACAUUUAAAUUAGUAUAAAAUAUAACAGUUUGAUGGAAAACUAUAUUGAUUUGUACCGUAAAAGUAAGAUUUUUUUGCUUAAGAACUGCAAACUAACAGAGUAAGAAAAAAUUUAAGAUCAAACUUUUUUGCUAGACUAGAUUGACUUUGCAUUGAAUAAAAGCUAAUCACUAUUUAUAUAAGAUAUGUAAUCUGACUCUGACAAUAUGAUUGCAAUCAGAACUCUUGACAAUUAUUUUACUUACAAGAUUCUUUAAAAUAAAGCUACUGAUGAGAAGAUAAAGAUAUUUCCUUUCUGUGAAUAUACAUUUGUCUUAUUAAUAGAAAAAUAAUAAAAUGCUUAUACACAAGAGCUGUAAAAUUUUAAGUUUUUAGUAAAAUGUGAUUAAUGCAAAUAGAAUCAAAUAAAUUAAAACUCUUAAUACCCAAUUUCAUCUUCAAAAAAAAAUAGCUUGAUUUCCCUAUAACCAGUAGUUAAAAAUAGUAAAAAUAAUUUGUAAAUAAGAAAAGCAUCUAACCACUCAAUAGAUGAAGUUUCUUAAUUGAGUGGAAACAGUUUAAAGUCAGGAGGGUCAACAUCUUACUAUAAAUCUCAACAAAAUAGUGAUCAAAUAAGAUCUUUAUCUAAAUCAUAAUCAGCUAUUUAUAUUAAUACCUCAGCAAUGAAGCGUCCCUCACAAUUACAAUCCCCUAAAAGCAGUGAAAGAUAAAUGAACUCAAACAGUAAAUUGAAAAAGCAAUUCUAUAGUUCUAUUAAUGACUCAAAUACUAUUUAUGAGUAUGAUGAGAAACAAGAAAAUGGUGUAAUAUAAAACGAUUGUUAAUGCUAAUACUUGAUGAACUUGGGUCUCAACCUUAAUAAUAGCUCUCAUCUUAUUAUCAGAUGGGCACAUUAGAAUUCAUAUUAAAAGCUUUACACGAUAACAUAAUAUAAAAUUAUUUGGUCUCAUAAAGGAAGUGAUAUUUUGUAAGUUAAGUUACAAAGAAGGAAGGAUUAUCAACUUCAAGUUAAUCAAUUUUAUCAUCUAAAAAUGACAGUAAAAAACCUUACAAGCAGACCUUUAGAUUUAAAGUGUAAACUCCCUGUGAAAAUUUCUUCUAAAUUAAAUAGCGAAGAUUCUGAUUCAAAAGUAGUUGCUAUUUGUAAAGAGAGUGUUCUAGAGCUUGGGUUAAUAAAUCCUGAUUAAGAAAUCUAAACUAGUUUUGAGUAUUAUUUGUUGAGUGAAGGUAGUUUCAGGUUAAACCACUUUGUUUUCUUUGAUAAAAUAACUUAGAAAGAUAUCAAAGUGGAAAUAAAUAUUUUCGAGCUGAUUAAAUGA